AUGUCGCUAGAUGAUUUUGCUGUCCUCGAGAGGAUCCCCGGUGGUAUAUGCUCCAAUUUACUUAGAGCAGUUCGUCUGCUAGAUGGCCGCCACGCCGUUUUAAAAUGCUAUGAAAUAAAUACAACCCCUCCCGGUAUUUUUGGAAAUGCUCCAUCUGAAUGUAGUGAACCUUACCUUAAGGAAGCACAUUUUUUACAAAGGAUACAAAAUGUUCCCGGUUGUGUCAAAAUUUUGGAUUAUUUUCAUGAUAAAAGUCACGAUCAAUAUGUCAUCGUUCUUGAGGAUCUUCAUUCUUUGGGCUUUGAAUGUCUAAAUGUAGCACUGGCCAGUAAUGAUAAAUUUCUUACUGAAUCUAAUGUUAGUUGGAUUCUUCGCGAAACUAUCAACACUCUUCAGCAAAUACACGAAUUCAAUAUUCUCCACUGCGAUAUCAAACCUGACAAUAUAUUCAUUCAUCGGCAAGAGAAGCGUAUUAAAUUACUGGAUUUCAACAUUGCCACAGAAAUUGUUCCUAAAAUGUUGGAAGUUCCCAGAGCCAAAUCAAUCCGAUGCACUCCUGAUUAUGCUCCUCCGGAGGUCUUGAUUCAGCAACGUCCCUGGACUACUGCAGGUGAAGUUUGGUCACUUGGAGUUACCGCUUUCGUUCUCCUCUGUAAAAAGUUUCCAUUCCGUGAUCCAUUCAUGUCUUAUCGUGCCCAGCCGGAUUAUCCCCAAGACUCAAAUUUCAGAGUUGAAAGAGAUAUAAAUCCGAGGUCACAUUACACUAAUGGAGUAGUUGACAAACUAAAGGCUCCACCUAUUCGUCUUUCUCUUAGGGCUCGUGAAUUUUUGAUGUGCUGUCUCCACAAAAUUCCAAAAUGUCGUCCCAGUCUACAAAGUCUUUCCAUGCAUCCAUUCCUCUCUGCUGAGUCCUCCAUGUGUCCUAGUUUCAUCACAAACUCCUUAUCUUUUGACAAUAUUGUUGGAAUUUCUACCAAAUUUUCUUAA